CGUCGAAAACAUGCCCUCUCCGUCACUCUAAAACCGCCGCCGCCGCGGCCGCCCACUCUGCUUUCCCCUGCCGCCGGAAAAAUGGUUUGCCGCCGCCGCCGCAUUGUACUGCUCAUUACUGUUAUUCUUAAUCCUUCAUUGAUUUUAUGUAUAAACCAAGAAGGCGCGUUCCUUCUUCAAGCCAAGCUUGGUCUAGACGAUCCAAAUGCCGUCCUCGCCGACUGGAACCCUAGCGACGCCACGCCGUGCAAUUGGAACGGCGUCGUAUGCGACUCCGCCGCCGGAAGUGUUCUCUCGCUAGACCUGUCCAGCUCGAGCCUCUCCGGCCCCUUUCCCGCCGUUCUCUGCCGCCUCGAACACUUGUCCUUCAUCUCGUUCUACGAUAAUUUUAUCAAUUCCAGCUUAUUGGAAGACGACCUCGGCUUGUGCAAGUCGCUGGAGCACCUUGAUUUGGCGCAGAAUUACAUCACCGGUGCGCUUCCGAAAAGGCUUGCGGAUCUUCCCAACCUGAAGUACCUUGAUUUAACUGGAAACAACUUCUCCGGAAUCAUUCCAGACAGUUUCGGAGCCUUCUCGAAGCUUGAGGUACUCUCUUUAGUGGAAAAUUUGUUGGAGGGAACAAUUCCGGCGUUUCUAGGAAACGUUUCAACCCUAAGGCAGCUGAAUCUGUCCUACAAUCCGUUUUCUCCGGGGAGGAUUCCGCCGGAGCUGGGGAAUCUCACCAAUCUCGAGGUGCUGUGGCUGACUGAGACGAAUUUGGUGGGCGAGAUACCUGAUUCGCUCGGUCGUCUCGAUCGACUCACCGAUUUGGACUUGGCGUACAACUGGUUAACUGGUUGGAUACCGAGUUCGCUUACUAAAUUGACGAACGCCGUUCAGAUUGAGCUCUACAACAACUCGUUUAUCGGCGAGCUGCCCAGCCAUGGCUGGUCGAACAUGACAGCGCUGAGGCGGCUAGACGCGUCCAUGAACCACUUGACGGGGACGAUCCCCGCCGAACUGUGCGAUUUGCCGCUGGAGUCGCUAAAUCUCUACCAAAAUAACCUGCGGGGUGAGUUGCCUGAUGGCAUUGCGAACUCUCCGAAUUUGUACGAGCUGAGGCUCUUUCAGAACAAGUUAUCUGGAAGAUUACCUCAGAAUCUCGGAAAAGCCUCGCCGCUGCGGUGGAUUGAUGUUUCGACGAAUAAUUUUUCGGGCCUAAUACCUGAGACUCUGUGUUUGAAUGGUGCGCUUGAAGAGCUUCUAUUGAUUGAAAAUUCAUUUUCCGGCUCAAUUCCGGCGACCAUGGCGGUAUGUAGGAGCUUGGUGCGCGUGAGAUUAGGGCACAACGCGUUAUCCGGCGAGGUGCCGGCGGGGUUUUGGGGGCUGCCUCACGUUUCGUUGCUUGAACUCUCCGGCAAUCUGUUAUCCGGUGGAAUAGCUAAAAAUAUAGCCGGCGCAUCCAACUUAUCUCGUUUGAUUUUGUCCGGUAACAAUUUCUCCGGCGAUUUACCUGAGGAGAUUGGAUUCGUGGCUACAUUGCUGGAGAUUUCCGCGAGCGAUAAUAAGUUAAUGGGGUCCUUGCCGGGAAGUGUUCAGAACCUUGAGCAGCUAGUGAAGCUUGAUCUUCAUAACAACGAGCUUUCUGGUAAAAUCCCGAGCGGGAUUCAUGCCUGGAAGAAGCUAAAUGAGCUUAAUUUAGCAAACAAUGAAUUCUCAGGGGAGAUUCCAGAUGGAAUUGGGGAUUUGCCUGUCCUGAAUUAUCUCGAUCUGUCAGGUAAUCACUUUUCUGGUAAGAUUCCAAUUGGUUUACAGAAUUUGAAGCUCAAUCAACUCAAUUUGUCAAAUAACCAUCUUUCCGGCGACAUUCCUCCAUUGUAUGCCAAGAAAAUGUAUAGAGAAAGCUUUCUGGGGAAUCCAGGGUUGUGUGGCGCCAUUGAUGGCUUGUGCAAUUCAAGAUAUGGGUUCAAAAACCAGAGCUAUGUAUGGUUGUUGAGAUCUCUGUUUCUAUUUGCUGGAUUGGUGUUUGUUGUUGGCGUCACAUGUUUCUACCGCAAGUACCGGCAAUUCAAGAAGGCGGAUAGAUCGAUUGAGAAAUCGAAAUGGACAUUGAUGUCGUUUCACAAACUGGGCUUCAGUGAGAAUGAAAUCUUCGAUGCAUUAGACGAGGACAACAUCAUCGGCAGUGGUUCGUCCGGUAAAGUUUACAAAGUGGUUUUGAGCAGCGGCGAGACAGUCGCCGUGAAAAGGCUUUGGGGGCGUCCGAAGCUUGCAGACGACGAUGUCGAAAAGGGCACUCUCCAAACUGACGGUUUUGAGGCAGAGGUCGAAACCUUGGGCAAGAUCCGGCACAAGAAUAUCGUCAAGCUGUGGUGCUGUUGCACGGCGAAAGAUUGCAAGCUUUUGGUUUACGAGUACAUGCCUAACGGCAGCCUCGGCGAUCUUCUUCACAGCACAAAAAGUGGCCUGUUGGAUUGGCCUAUAAGGUUUAAGGUAGCCAUGGAUGCAGCCGAGGGGCUUUCCUACUUGCACCAUGACUGCGCGCCUCCGAUCGUUCACCGAGACGUCAAGACAAAUAAUAUAUUGCUCGACGCAGAGUACAGUGCCCGCGUUGCAGAUUUCGGCGUAGCCAAGGUUGUCGGAAAAAACGCCAACAGCGGCGACAAGUCGAUGUCCGUCAUUGCAGGCUCAUGCGGUUACAUCGCACCCGAAUAUGCUUACACGAUGAGGGUGAACGAGAAGAGCGACAUAUACAGCUUUGGCAUCGUACUUCUUGAGCUCGUCACCGGGAAGCUUCCGGUAGAUCCUGAGUUUGGCGAGAAGGACUUGGUGAGAUGGGUUCGGACAACAUUGGAUCAAAAAGGCGUCGACCAUGCAAUCGACCCGAAGCUCGAUUUGUCCUUCAAGAAUGAAAUUUGCCGAGUCCUCAACCUCGGCCUCCUCUGCACGAGCCCGUUGCCUAUCAACCGGCCUUCGAUGAGACGUGUUGUCAAAAUGCUGCAAGAGAUAGGCGAUCACAAUGGCCACAAAGCUGCCGGGAAGGAUGGCAACUUGACGCCGUAUUACUACGAAGAUGGUGAAGAACCAUCGGAACACGGGAGCGGCGGCGGCAGCGCGGCCUGAUCGAACCGCCGGAUUUUGUAAGCAAUGCAGAAACUUUGACAAUGGUUAAUUUUAUUGCAUGGGUUAAUGUUGUCGUAGGCGGGCAUUUAUUUGUAGGACGUGGAAGCUUCUGUUUCUGCUGAUUCCGGCGAGUGAAUGGAAUCAAUCACACUUCGUUGGUUUGUCUCUUUUAAGGUUCUUAAAUGCAGAAAUUUUGAAAUUUA